GAGCCCGUCCCAGGCAGCCACGCGGGGCUGGAGACCUCCACGCCCCAUCCUGGAGGCUGAAGCUCCCCUUUGGAACUACUACUCCCAUCGUGCCCCGCGCUGCCCCGCCCCUCCCAGCGGGGGGCUGUUUAACCCUCUGGUUGCCGACGGACAGUGCGAGCGGGAGCUCAGCUGUCUAAGAUGCCAGAGGGCCCAGAGCUGCACCUGGCCAGCUGCUACAUCAACACGGUAUGCGCAGGGCUCAUCUUCUCGGGGAAGGUGGAGAAGUCUGAAGUGAGCAAGAACCCGGAGGUGCUGUUUGAGAGCGACGCGUACCUGAUCUCUGCCACCUCGCGGGGCAAAGAGAUCAAGCUGACGCUGAUGCCACUCAAAGAGGAGAACACGCUCCCUGGCAGAGGGAGGGGCAGGGAGGGGCAGAGCCAGAACGGUCCCCAGCAGCCCAUGGAUCUUGUUUUCCGCUUUGGAAUGUCAGGCAGCUUCAAGCUCACCUCCGGGGCUGAGCUGCCCAAACAUGCCCACCUGCGGUUUUACACCAAGGAGAGCCCGUGCCGAGCCCUCUGCUUCGUGGAUUUCAGGCGCUUCGGGCGGUGGGAAGUGCACGGGAUGUGGCAGCUGGACCGAGGGCCAUGUGUGAUGCUGGAGUAUGAGAAAUUCAGGGAAAACGUGCUGAGGAACCUGUCUGACAAGGCUUUCAACAAGCCCAUCUGCGAAGCCCUGUUAAAUCAGAAGUUUUUCAAUGGGAUUGGCAACUACCUCAGAGCGGAGAUUCUCUACAGGUUAAAGAUCCCUCCCUUUGAAAAGGCUCGGACGGUGCUAGAGGCCCUUCAGCAUCGGAAGCAGCAGAGUCCGGACCUGACCUUGAGCAAGAAAGUGAAGCUAAAGCAGGAGAAUCCUGACCUGCUGGAGCUCUGCCAUGUGGUGCCCAUGGAGGUCAUUCACAUGGGGGGGAAGGGUUACGGGACGGAGCCCUCUGAUGAUACUGCAGCCUUUGAGGAGUGGCUGCAGUGUUACUGUGUCCCUGGCAUGAGGUCGCUGCGUGAUGGCAAUGGUAGGACCAUCUGGUUUCAGGGGGAGCCUGGACCUAUGGCCCCGAAAGGGGAAAAAUCCCGCAAGAGGCGCUCGCGGGUGAAUGCUGACCCUGAGCCUUCAAGUCCAAAGGUCACAAAGCCGGUGCUUAAGAGAAGUUCGAAGGCCAGCAGCAGCCAAGAGAAGGUAGCAACGCGAUCUGGCAGGAAGAAGGGGAAAGAGCUCGUCCCAGGAGCUGAGAACGCCAAGGGACAUGAAGCAAGAAAACCAAAUGCCAGGUCCAGAAGGAAAGCAUCGGCAAAUCAAGAGUCUCCCACGAGCAAAACUCCUGCUGCCGAUAGGAAGAGGCAGACAUCUGCUCGGAGAAGCACAGGAAUAGCUCCUGCUGCCCCAAGAUCCAGGCGGGUGAAGGCUGAAUGACUGGUUUGGCAUGGCAUCUGUCCUCGCUCCAACUCAGAUGGCAGCUCGCUUGCUACUGCUGCACGUGCUGAGGGCGAUGCGCGGGGAGCAGCUGCUGGGGUGACUCUUCUCUGAAGCGGGCGUGCCCGUUGCUUUGUUUCUUAGAUCCCUUCUCAGAGGUGGCUUGCUGCAGGGGUUCUAAGCAGCCCCCGCCCCAUGAAAUGGUGAAGGUAGUGCCAUGGCGUCAGCCUCCCUGCUCGGUUAUGGGGUUUUAUUCCUUUUUAAAUACAGCUUCAGGACACAGCAAUUGGGCAACUUUGUAUCGAACCCCUUGGAAGCUGCUUGGGCACCCGCUGGUGACUGCAGCUGAGAGCUGGCAGCUCUGGGCAGAGAGGUGGGGACGCGCCGAGUGGGGGAAGUCUGAGGUUGAAAGUUUCCUGAGCGUCAGGUUAAAAAUCCUCAGAAGACCAUAGCUCUUCUUUCCCUGCUCCCUGCGCUCAGCUGCCCUUUGCAGCCUCCCUGCACGCUGCCAUGAGAUGGCUCUGGCUUCUGAGGCUGUGUUUGGCCCAAGUUAAUGGGGUCAGAGCAGAGUUUGCAAAUGUUUUUAUUGCCCUGGCUGAUUCCAGAGUCUCUAACCCUUGCUCUGCAGGAGGGAUGAGCUUUGCAGAUCAGCAGCAUUUUAUCUCAUAUAACUCAGGAGGAGGGCGGCAGUGGCAUGUCUGAAUAAGGGAUCAACUUUGCUAUUGGACACGCAUGCAGUCUCUGGGCAGCGGCCAUGCAAGCUUUUCCCUGCUGUCCCCGCUAGUGUGCCUGAGCGCUGUAGCGGAUCAGAAGGUAGGACAACCUGGAUGGCUCUUUCAAAAAUUGACCUCUGCAAAGGGGAUGUGCAAACACUUAGCUGUUGUGUGGAAUGAGUCUAUCAGUCAGUCACUCCUGAGCUGGGCUGCCCAGAAACCAGUGCCCUGAGGUUACAGGCUCAGCAGCUGAGCCAACCUGCCCAUCCUCCCUAUAGUGUGGUUCUCUGACCCAACUGCCAGUGCUUUUAAAAUCUGAUUUUAGUACUAACAAUAAAACCUUUCCAUAAACAAUCCCUUGUGUGGCUGCUUUGCUAUCACUGCAGGAGACUCUCUGCUGUUCUGGAGGCCAAGUAUUAGGGCAAUAUAGUCAUAGUAUGGCUUACAGCCAGCUCAGGCCAUUCUGCUGGGACCUGCCCUUUCUGGGUGCUAGUGAUUUGGAUGUGCCUCCUUUCCAGCCAACUAAAGGGAGGUUCUAGAGGCCAUAGCUAAGCUUUGCUGGAUUCCUGUUGUGAGCAUUCACAUGGGGAUUCAAUGUGAGGAUUCAAAUGGGGAAGGAUGCUAUAGAAAUACCUGUCCAUAAAGCGAAUAAAGAAGCCCUUGUAAUAACUGGGAGUUAAUGGCAGAUUCUUCUGGCACCAAUUCAGGUGCUAGCCUGGAUCAUUUGGCUAGAACUAGUUUUUUCAUGUCUGGAGGGAGUGGGGGCCUUUGACUGUGGGUGAGAGCCCUGGCUCCCCAUCUGAAUUAGGAAACUGUUGCAGUGAAGCUGAAGGGCUGUUGAGAAUGCCCCCUGUGACAGUCUGUACCCUUAUGCUCACCAUUUUUACAAAACCAUGAUCACAGUUGUACAAAGUAUGCCUUGUGAGGUAUCAAUUAAAAGCUCAUAAUCUGCUGAACAUUAUUGUCCUAGUAAAAUGUGUGUGGCAACAUUGUGUGUAAAAUUAUAAGAUUCUACUGUGUGAUUUUACUGAGACAUGCUCCAAGUUUAGAAAAACAGCUUCAAACUAUUUGCCCAGAGACCAAGGCUAGCCAGCACUGCAGCCAGCUGGCAGCAUAAUCAAAUGGCCUAUCACCUGGUUAAGCAAUCGUUCUUUGGCAGUAAGAAAGGUGUGAGCAAGAAAUUUGGGAAUCUUGACAAUGGAACAGCUGGGGUAAACAGAGUGGCUGUCGCCUGAACUCCAGCUGGAAAUGAUCUUCAAAGAGGAGGAAAAGACAAAAAUGAGGAAUAGAGGCCCCAAAUCACCUUUCUGCCCUCAUCUCUACUCACUGUAUCGACAAUGUUUGAAAGACAAAGAAAGCAUCAUGGUACCUGGGGAGGGGUCCUGGUUUGGGAGGAAUCCAGCCAGACUGUUGUAAGCCUAUAGUGAGAGAAACCUUCUUGCUCUAAGUUCACUUAGCUUGUUAGGUUAAGUAUUAGUUUGCAUUUUACCUUUUAUUUCUUUGUAACCAUUUCUGACCUUUAUGCCUCAUUCCUUGUAAUCACUUAAAAUCGAUUUUUCUGUAGUUGUUAAACUUAUUUUCCUGUUUUAUUUGGAUUGAAGUGUUUGGGGAAACUCCAUUUGGAUAGCAAGAUUUGUGCAUAUUAUUUUCUAUUAAUGAAAUGAUAGGCUUUCUAUGAGCUUUCCUUGUCAAGAAGGAGAGAGCUGGGCACAUUUCUGGGGACACGUCUGGGUCUGGGAAUUUGCUUGUUUCCCUCUGCAGUAUAAUUCAAAGAGCACUCGUCUAACUCAGCUGGGAGUAGUCUACAUGCUAGAGGCUGUGUGUGAGCAAGCCAGAAGUGGUUGCUCUCACAGCAAAGCAGCGUAAAAGGCAACCCAUGUUGGAGAACUGAGGGGACACAGCGGUCCAACAGUCUGGAUUGAACCCUGGAAAGGGGUGAAAGGGAACCGGUACAGUGUCAGCCUGUAAGCAGCCCACGUUAAAGUGCUGCCGUGGGAAUGCUUUAACAUCCCUGCCCCUUUUGCACAACGUAGAUGAAAUUGUGUAUCUUAGAUUGAACACCCGCAGUAGUAUAGACAAGCCCUAAGAAAGACCCCAAAGAGCAGCACGUUGUCUUGGCUGGAGAAAAAUCUAUCAAUGGUUGAGCUACCAGACUCCUGUGAGCCAACAUUAGCUAUUACUGACGUCACAAGGAUUCUGCCGCUGGUGUGCACCAACUCUGCCAAGUGAAAAACUUUUGGGGAGCUCUCUGAUCAGCUACUGAACAUUUAUCCUUUGACUAAAAGGUCAAUACCCUGCUGUUGGUGCAAAUGAAGAAUCAAUGAAAACUGGUGAGAGAGCCCACAAGGGGAAUGUCCAAAUGUAAGACCUUUGGAACCACACUGUGGUAACACCAUUACCAAAGCAAGACUUGAAGUUCAUAUCGGAUUCAAAGAAUAAGCGUAACAAUGCAAACUUUCUCCUCAGUGAUGGGAUCAGGGAGUGUGAAUAGAGAUGAUCAGCUGGUUGUGAAGUAUAGCUGGGGGGGUUUUUUCACAACAUCGCACAAGCAGUGAAAGUAGUGCCUGGCAUCCAUUCUGCAAUACCAGAACUUGAGGCAGAUCACAAGGAAUCAGGUUUGUGAGCCACAUGCAAGAACAUGUUUGAAAGUCUCCAGGAAGGAGAACACCAAGCUAGAGUGUAGGGAAAAAAUCCCAGAGUUAGGACCCUCCUUUAAGGUAAAGACAUAGUAUCCUCUUGCAUUAAGGAUACUCCUCCAUAGGAGGUAACCCCAGUUAUUGGGAAGAGAUAGGUAAUCAUAGGAUGGGAAGGGACCUUGGGAGGUCAUCUAGUCCAGUUCACACUCAUGGGGAUUCGAUUAUUAGAAAUAUCGAUAGGUUUUGUGAUGACUGGGAGAACCACAUGGUGAAUGGCCUGCUGGUUGCAAAGGAUGUGGACCUCUGAAGACAUCUAGAUUGACACGUGCAGAGCUGGGGAGGAGCCCUUGGUUGUGGUAUGUGUCAGACCAAUGACAUAGGGAAAGGUAGGAGAGAGAUCCUGCAGGCCAAAUUUAAGUUGUUAGGUAACAGAUUAAAGUGCAGGAACUCCACAGUCACAUUCCCUGAAAUGCUUCCAGUUCCACGCACAGGGCCAGUUAGACAGGAAGAACUGCAGGGUCUCAAUGCAUGGAUGAGAUGCUGUUGUUGGGAUUUAGGUUUAUUAGGAACUGGGGAACCUUUGGGGAAAGGAGGAGCCGAUACAGGAAGGUUGGGCUCCACCUAAACCAACAUGGAACCAGAUUGCUGGUAUGUAAAAUUAAAAUAGGUCAUAGAGUUUUUAAACUAAGGGCCAAUAGCUGCAGAAGAGCACAAUGUUUAGACAGAGACAUCCCUUAGGGGAGGAUUAAUUUAAAGGGGAUACUCUAUAUCCUGGUAAAGAGGAGAGGAUAGAAGUUGAUAAAGUGCAGGUAGGCACUGAAGAGUCAAUAAAAGAGUCCCAUUCAGUUAUAUGACUUGAAGGCAGACAACUAAAUAUUGACAUUUUAUAAGUGUUUGUGUACAAAUGCUAGAAUUCUAAAUAUAAAGAUGGGUAAAUGUGAGUGCCUCAUAUUAAAGGAGGCUAUUGAUAUAAUAGACAUCAUGGAAACUCAGUGGAAUGAUGAUAAUCAAUGAGACACAGUAAUACCAGAGUACAAAAUAUAUAGGAAUGACGGAGUACAUUGUGCUUGUGGGGGAGUGGCACUAUAUGUGAAAGAAAGCAUAGAGUCAAAUAUAGUAAAAAUCUUAAAGGAAUCAAUGGUACGAUCCAUAGAAUCUUUAUGGAUAGAAAUUGCAGGCUUGAAUGAUAAGAAUAUAGCAGUAAGGAUAUGCUACCACCCACCUGACCAGGAUGGGGACAGUGACAGUGAAAUGCCAAGAGAAAUUAGAAAGGCUCUAAAACCAGAAAACCCAGUAAUAAGUGGGGGAUUUCAACUAGCCUUAUAUUGACUGAGUCCAUGUCACUUCAGGAAGAGCUACAGUAAGACAAUUUCUAGACACCAUUAAAUGACUGCUGCUUGGAGCAGCUAGCCCUUGAAUCUACAAGGGGAGAGGCAAUUCUUGAUUGCGCUUUAGUGGUGCACAGGAUCUGGUCCAAGAAGUGAAUAGAGCCAAACGACUUGGUAAGAGUGACCAUAAUGUAAUUAAACUUAACAGCCCAAUAGGGGGAAAAUACCAGAGAAACCCACCAAGGUAACAUUUAGCUUC